CUUUAAGCAAAUUGCUCGGCUUCUUCCCUCUUCUUCUUCUUCUUCUUCUUCUUACUCGCAUUUGCCAUCCCUCUCGCUCUUCGCAUCUCCUCCAUUUUGUUGAGCUUGCCAACUGCUGCUCACUCGCCAUGGCUUCCCGGCCACAGAUGACGCUCCAGUUUAUGACUUAACCUCGUAAAAGAACCUGGAAAGUCGGUAAGAUUGGAAAUUUGUUUCUGAGUCGGCGUUUCGGGAAGUUAAGAGAUGGAUUUACACUCCCUUUUAUGCUGCGGCAGAUUUACGGAGAGGAAUACCCGAGGGAAGAAGAACUCCACAGGUUGGAGAGUGUUCUCAUUGAAAGAGCUGCGAUCUGCCACCAACAACUUUAACUACGAUAACAAGAUCGGGGAAGGAGGGUUUGGAAGCGUGUAUUGGGGGCAGCUCUGGGAUGGGUCUCAGAUUGCUGUCAAGAGACUAAAGGUGUGGAGCAACAAGGCUGAGCUUGAAUUCGCUGUUGAGGUUGAAGAUCUGAAGCGAAUGGUGCUUGUUGCCCUUGCCUGCACGCAGAGCAUGCCAGAGAAGAGACCAACAAUGACUGAAGUAGUCGAUCUUCUCAAGGGGAUCCCAGUUAUCUAGUUUGGUGAAUGAUAGGUUUGAGCCUGAAACAGCUGAUGAUAGCUUCAGUUUCGUAUCCGAAGAAAAGGAUUCUAGAGCAAACACAAUUGCAAAGCUAUCUCUUCAUAAACAGAAAUGUGUUUCAGAAUAUCUUCAACAUGCAAUCCUUCAACCA